GUGCCCUCAGGCCUCAACCACCUCGUCGCAUUCCUCAAUUGCACUGCUAGGAGGGAGACAAUAGACAACCAAAAGGAGAAAAACACUAUGCCGAUUGGAGAGGUUGUACUGUCUGCCUUCAUGCAGGCACUCUUUGAGAAAGUGCUUGCUGCUACUAUCGGAGAGCUGAAAUUCCCUCGAGAUGUCACUGAAGAACUGCAGAGCUUGUCGAGCAUCCUGUCAAUAAUUCAAUCUCAUGUCGAAGAUGCGGAGGAGCGGCAAUUGAAGGAUAAGGUUGCACGCAGCUGGCUUGCAAAGCUCAAGGGUGUUGCGGAUGAGAUGGAUGACUUACUUGAUGAGUAUGCAGCUGAGACUCUGCGAUCCAAACUAGAAGGUCCAUCCAACCAUGACCAUCUGAAGAAGGUUAGGAGCUGUUUCUGCUGUUUUUGGUUGAACAAUUGUUUAUUUAACCAUAAGAUUGUCCAGCAAAUAAGGAAGAUUGAGGGGAAACUCGAUAGGCUUAUCAAAGAAAGACAGAUUAUUGGUCCAAACAUGAACAGUGGGACCGACAGGCAGGAGAUAAAGGAGAGGCCCAAAACAAGUUCACUGAUCGAUGACUCAAGUGUGUUUGGAAGAGAAGAAGAUAAAGAAACCAUUAUGAAGAUAUUGCUGGCCCCCAAUAACUCGGGCUAUGCCAACCUUUCUAUUAUUCCCAUAGUGGGCAUGGGGGGACUAGGAAAAACGACUCUAACACAGCUCAUCUACAAUGAUGAAAGAGUAAAGGAGCAUUUCCAGUUAAGGGUGUGGUUAUGUGUUUCUGAAAUUUUUGAUGAGAUGAAGCUUACCAAGGAAACAAUUGAAUCAGUUGCUAGUGGGUUCUCAUCAGCCACAACAAACAUGAACCUGCUUCAAGAAGACCUCUCAAGAAAGCUGCAAGGUAAAAGAUUUCUUCUAGUCCUUGAUGAUGUAUGGAAUGAGGAUCCUGAAAAAUGGGACAGAUAUCGCUGUGCUCUAGUUAGCGGGGGAAAGGGAAGCAAGAUCAUAAUUACCACACGAAAUAAGAAUGUGGGGAUACUAAUGGGCGGGAUGACACCUUACCAUCUAAAGCAGCUAUCAAACAAUGAUUGCUGGCAGUUGUUCAAGAAACACGCAUUUGUAGAUGGUGACUCCAGUUCACACCCGGAACUGGAAAUAAUAGGCAAGGACAUCGUGAAGAAGUUGAAAGGUCUGCCACUAGCUGCAAAAGCAGUAGGCAGUUUACUAUGUACCAGGGAUGCAGAGGAAGAUUGGAAGAACAUAUUAAAGAGUGAAAUAUGGGAAUUGCCAUCAGACAACAUAUUGCCAGCUCUGAGAUUGAGUUACAGCCAUUUGCCAGCCACACUGAAGCGAUGUUUUGCGUUUUGUUCAGUGUUUCCCAAAGAUUAUGUCUUUGAGAAAAGAAGGUUGGUUCAAAUCUGGAUGGCCCUUGGAUUCAUUCAGCCUCAAGGAAGGGGAAAGAUGGAAGAAACUGGGAGUGGCUAUUUUGAUGAAUUACAAAGCAGAUCCUUCUUCCAAUAUCACAAAAGUGGAUAUGUAAUGCAUGAUGCCAUGCAUGACCUAGCACAGUCUGUCUCAAUUGAUGAAUUUCAAAGAUUGGAUGAUCCCCCGCACAGCAGCAGCCUUGAAAGAAGUGCCAGGCAUCUAUCAUUCUCUUGUGACAACAGAAGCUCGACCCAAUUUGAAGCUUUCCUUGGAUUUAAGAGAGCUCGCACACUUUUACUACUAAAUGGAUACAAAUCGAUAACAAGCUCUAUACCCGGUGAUCUGUUCCUCAAGUUGAAGUACCUUCAUGUGCUUGAUCUGAACCGACGAGACAUUACUGAGCUGCCUGAUUCUAUUGGUAACUUAAAAUUGCUUCGAUAUUUGAAUCUUUCAGGCACUGGAAUAGCAAUGUUGCCUUCAUCAAUUGGUAAGCUGUUCAGCCUGCAAACACUGAAGUUGCAAAACUGCCAUGCAUUAGAUUACCUCCCAAAGACCAUAACCAAUCUUGUAAAUCUUCGAUGGCUAGAAGCAAGAAUGGAAUUGAUCACUGGCAUAGCUGGAAUAGGGAACUUGACUUGCCUUCAACAGCUGGAGGAAUUUGUUGUCCGUAAGGACAAAGGAUACAAGAUCAAUGAAUUGAAGGCAAUGAAGGGGAUCACAGGACAUAUCUGCAUUAAGAAUCUUGAGAGUGUGGCUAGUGUGGAAGAGGCUAACGAAGCUUUGCUAAUGAAUAAGACAAACAUCAACAAUUUACACCUUAUAUGGUCUGAAAAGAGGCACUUGACUUCAGAAACAGUAGAUAAAGACAUAAAGAUACUUGAACACCUUCAACCACAUCAUGAACUCAGUGAGCUGACAGUCAAGGCCUUUGCAGGCUCAUACUUUCCAAAUUGGUUAAGUAAUCUAACUCAAUUGCAAACCAUCCACCUGUCUGACUGUACAAACUGUUCAGUUCUACCAGUGCUUGGAGUACUUCCCCUACUCACGUUUUUAGAUAUUGGGGGUCUCCAUGCCAUUGUUCACAUCAACCAAGAGUUUUCAGGAACCAGUGAAGUUAAGGGGUUUCCAUCACUGAAGGAACUCAUAUUUGAAGACAUGUCUAACCUAAAAGGUUGGGCUUCUGUACAAGAUGGUCAGUUGCUUCCAUUGCUCACAGAACUUGCAGUGAUUGACUGCCCAUUACUAGAAGAAUUCCCUUCUUUCCCAUCAUCAGUAGUGAAGCUCAAAAUUUCUGAAACUGGGUUCGCUAUUCUUCCAGAAAUACAUACUCCAAGCUCUCAAGUUUCAUCAUCAUUGGUAUGCCUGCAGAUUCAACAAUGCCCAAAUCUUACAUCAUUAGAGCAAGGACUGUUUUGCCAAAAAUUAUCAACACUGCAACAAUUAACCAUCACAGGCUGCCCAGAAUUAACUCACCUGCCAGUUGAAGGAUUCAGUGCCCUGACUGCUCUUAAGAGUAUUCAUAUCCAUGAUUGUCCGAAGCUGGAACCAUCCCAAGAACAUAGUUUGCUGCCCUCCAUGCUUGAAGAUCUACGCAUCAGCUCGUGCUCCAAUCUAAUCAAUCCUCUUCUUCGAGAGAUCGAUGAGAUAUCCUCAAUGAUAAAUCUUGCCAUAACUGAUUGUGCCGGCCUUCACUAUUUUCCAGUAAAGCUUCCUGCCACUCUGAAAAAGUUGGAGAUCUUCCAUUGUAGCAACCUAAGAUGCUUGCCUCCUGGCAUAGAAGCAGCAUCUUGUUUGGCAGCUAUGACCAUUUUGAACUGUCCUCUUAUACCAAGAUUGCCAGAACAGGGCCUCCCACAAUCACUGAAAGAAUUGUACAUCAAAGAAUGCCCACUGCUAACAAAGAGGUGCAAAGAAAAUGAUGGUGAAGAUUGGCCUAAAAUUGCUCAUGUACCAACCAUAGAGAUUGAAGAUUGUUAG